AUCAAUGCGCACCUCAGCGGAAAACACAGCUGUGUGGAAGGACGCGUACAUCUGUGAGGCUGCUGUGUUUGUACAGGAGAAAUUAUCUAUACCAUUGUCUGGUUUAUUUAGCAACCAUGAAGUUUCAAUACAAAGAAGAGCACCCUUUUGAGAAGAGGCGAUCAGAAGGAGAGAAAAUCAGGAAGAAAUAUCCCGACAGGGUUCCCGUCAUUGUGGAAAAAGCCCCUAAAGCUAGAAUAGGUGACCUAGACAAGAAAAAAUAUCUUGUCCCCUCUGAUUUAACAGUGGGCCAGUUUUACUUUCUCAUUCGAAAACGAAUCCACCUUAGAGCUGAGGAUGCGCUCUUCUUCUUCGUAAACAACGUCAUUCCCCCGACCUCUGCCACAAUGGGUCAGCUGUACCAGGAGCACCACGAAGAAGACUUCUUCCUUUACAUCGCCUACAGUGAUGAGAGUGUGUAUGGAAAAUAGAACCAAAGAGAAAAGAACCGCACUUCUCUCUUCUGUUUAAAACAAUAUAUAGACAUCAUGCUGGCUGAGUUUUCACAACUGAAGUAUCAGAUGCACUUCUGCUUUCAUUUUAUCAUACAUAUUUCAUAUAUUUUUUUUUAGGUUUGGCAUUCAAUUUUGGUGUUUAGAAUUUAUUUAAACAUUUUUCAUCACACAGUGGUGUCAAAGCUUUAAAGUUAUAAUAAAGUGAAUAAAUUUAAUUUGGGCAUCAAUACUGUUCCAUAAAAGCUAGUUUUCCCCUUUGAACAAAAUGUUCAUAUAUGCAGAAAUGUUUAUCCAUAAUGUGCAUGCCAUUCCGAGUAAUCUCACAUGUUUCUGUAAAAACUGUUGCGGAUUUUCAUCUAGCAUACAGUCAAAUACUAGUUGGUCAAAAAAAGUGUAUUCUCUUUAAGCUAACUUUAAUAUGCUGUUGUUAUGUUGAAUUACUUUUAUUAUUGUAUUAAGAAUUUAGUUGGUUUGAUUUAUUUUUAAGUUGUAAAUCUUAAGUGCAAGUUUUAUUUGCAGUCUUUUUUUAAGUAUUAAUAUUCAACUGUACUUCUGGUACCCUUGAUAAUGAUCAUAUAAACCAAGCGCAUACCAA